CCUCGCUCAGGACAUACGGGCCAAGGGAUAUCUGGAGUGCUCGUCGCUAAGCAACCGCGGCGUGCAGCAAGUGUUCGAGUGUGCGGUGAGGACGGCGGUGAACCAGGCCAGGAAACGGACGCGCCCGCGGAUGUUUGACAUCAACAGCUGUGUGGUGUUUUGACCUCUGAACCUUUUGGGGGGAGGGGCCUAGGUUGGGGUGGUGCUGGGAGGAUACUGAAGCCUCUAACUACUGCUCUGGGAUCAGGUCUCGGGGCCAGUGGCGACUCAGACUCGGACUCAUCACCAGGGACUUGAGACUGGCGGGUUUAGUGACUCGACUACAUCACUGUGUCUGACUUGAACUGUUUGAGGUUCUGUCUGACCCCAGGACCUGUGGUUUUGGGGGAACUGAGGUCCUGUCUGACCCCAGGACCUGUGGUUUUGGGGGAACUGAGGUCCUGUCUGACCCCAGGACCUGUGGUUUUGGGGGAACUGAGGUCCUGUCUGACCCCAGGACCUGUGGUUUUGGGGGAACUGAGAUCCUGUCUGACCCCGGGACCUGUGGUUUUGGGGGAACUGAGAUCCUGUCUGACCCCAGGACCUGUGGUUUUGGGGGAACUGAGGUCCUGUCUGACCCCAGGACCUGUGGUUUUGGGGGAACUGAGGUCCUGUCUGACCCCAGGACCUGUGGUUUUGGGGGAACUCUUGAUUAACUGUUGUUUUUGUUGUGAAAACUGUGUAAAACUACAAAAGAAUAAACAAAACAGGAUCAUUCCUGGAGGAGCAGAGAGAGAGAGAGAGUGAUUAGUGAAGCAGUUUAAAUACCCUGAGCCCAGGUGGCUCCAAUCACUAAUGACCCUCCUCCUGCUAGAGGAACCGCCCCUCCUGCUAGAGGAACCGCCCCUCCUGCUAGAGGAACCGCCCCUCCUGCAAGAGGAACCGCCCCUCCUGCAAGAGGAACCGCCCCUCCUGCAAGAGGAACCGCCCCUCCUGCAAGAGGAACCGCCCCUCCUGCAAGAGGAACCGCCCCUCCUGCAAGAGGAACCGCCCCUCCUGCAAGAGGAACCGCCCCUCCUGCAAGAGGAACCGCCCCUCCUGCUAGAGGAACCGCCCCUCCUGCUAGAGGAACCGCCCCUCCUGCAAGAGGAACCGCCCCUCCUGCUAGAGGAACCGCCCCUCCUGCAAGAGGAACCGCCCCUGUCGUGACAUCAUCCCUGACAAGUAGUUUUAUAAUAUAUAAUAGUAGUUUUAUGUGUUUGAAUUCUUAUUUCAGUUCACAAUACAAGUUGAUAACAAGUAUUUCCGUUCUCCGUCUAUAGAUGUUUAAACUUAUCCUUUUGUAAAGGUAUUCUAGCUCAGGUUUGUCCGUUUCCUUUGUUAAAUAAAUGUUGCCCAACCACUUA